CCAGCAAGUUCCGCUUUUAUUUCUGAUUUUCAGCACCCACCGUACUGUCGGAUUUGUUUUUGUCAGGUGUCAAGUGUGUCGGGUUUGUCCUGCAGCAGCGAAAGGUGCUACGAGAAAUGUAUACCCCUGUAUAAAUUAUAAUCCUCCCAAUCCUCUGUGACUUGUAGUCCUUCCUCAACCCCCAGUUAUUUAAAAAGGGAAAGCGUGAGCAAGGCGCGCAGUCACUUCUGACAGGUGCGGCCGACAGACGAGGAAGAUGAUAUUUUGGAUUCGGAGAUUGAGAAGAAACAUUUGGGAUUUCCCUCCCGACUCGACAAACACCCCCCCGCCGCCGAAUGAAUCAUGAAAGAAAUGAAAAGCUUGUAAAUUGCAACUUGGCGUUGGAAAAUCUGCGGGCGGUUGCCUGGGGGCGCUCGAAGAAAGAAAAAGAAAGUUUCGAAAAAGUCCUCACAACUUUCGAUUGCCAAGUUUCAGUGUUUAACUUCCCUCCCUGCGACAGGACUGGUUUCGGUGCUGACUCCAGGGCUUACUGGGGAGUCAGACUUGAUGACAUUGACUGUCCAGGCACAAGGAUAUCAGGAGUUAGCACAGAGGGGGAAAUCUAUCAUUUGGAAUCUCUGGAGUCUCUCAGUACCCUUCGCCACAGAAGGCAUGGCGGACUUUACCCCUCCUCAGAUGGACCCAGGACCCAGGCCAACUUUCAGGGGAGCCAGACUGGUGCCUGGGCUGUUUGAGUGUGGAUUGCUUUUGUGUUGGGGAGCAGUUUCCUUGUCAACCCUCACAGUCUCAGGAAUUGUUGGGGAAAGUGCUCUGCUGCCCUGUGUGGAUAGCACUAUAAAAAAUCAUGCUCUUGAUGAGAUACGCGUGUACUGGCAGAUGGCUGACCAGUUAGUCCAUGCCUUUCACUCAGGGAAGGAACAUGCUUACCAGGACUACAGCAAUAGAGCCAGACUUUUUACAAAAGAAUUCAAGCAAGGCAACUUCUCCCUUCUCCUGUCUGACCUCCGAGUGAGUGACGAAGCUGAAUACAUCUGCGUAAUUCAGAUGAAACAGAAGACGGGGUAUGAUGUGGUUCUGUCUGUUUCAGUCAGUUUGCAAAUAGCAGCUCACUAUAUGGAGCCGGUGUUGAGUGCACAAUCUGAGCCGGGUCAUGAAGCUCUUGUGAAGCUAAAUUGUUCCUCAUGGGGCGGCUAUCCAGAACCACUUGUAUACUGGACUGAUGACAUCACGAACACCCUUCCUGAAAACAGUACAGUCAAGAAUGACAUUAUUUUUUCUCAUGGAGGACUGUACAACGUUACCUCCAUCCUCUGGAUCCAAGCUACAUCAUACUUGACAUAUACCUGCUCUAUAUACAAUCCCAAGCUUCAGAAGAACAAAACUGCAACUUUGCAUUGGAAUAUUUCUGAAGGAGACCGUGAAGAGAUCAGUGUCAGUGACACGCAUCACAGAUGGAUUACACCAGUGGUUUUAGUUACACUCAUCUUUGUGGUUACACUGGCAGGUUACAUUUUGCUGAAACAUUUUCCCAGGUCGUCACUGAUGAGAGUUGGUGUGGCUGCAGGACAAUGUGAGUUAGCUUCCCUAAAUGUCGUCAAUCCUACAUUAGACAGAAGAAGCCAUAUUCAGGAUGACCAAGGUGCUAUUGAAACUGAACCAUUUACCAAAAAUUUAGAAGACCAUAAAGGAGAGACUGAAACGUGAAUUACUCUGUUGCCACUGAAUGUAACUGUUAUAAUAUGUUCUUUGUACGUCUUUGGAUUAUUUGUAUAUGUCUCAUUUGACUGCUUACGGUGAUCACAUUGUCAAUAGUGACUCGAAAAUGGCGAAAAAUGCUCUGAAGUCCACGCCUGUAAAUGAUACUUUGCUAUCAAUUGUGCAACACUUUCUUUUCCUUUUUCUCCUCUCCGAAGCUGAAAUGUUGGGCAGUUUGCUCAGGUAUUGUAUCGAAGUAUUACAAUCAGUGAGAGGCUUGGAACGACAGAGGAGCAGAAAGAUGCAGAGAGGACAUGUACAGAAAUUGCUAAAAGUGGGCUGACACUUAUGAUCAUGAAUUAAAAAGCUGCUGGAGCAAGCCUUUAGCUGAAGAGGGCUGAAAUACAGAUGUUAUGUUGCUGACAUAGUUAGACUCAAUUCUUUUCCUUAAUUCUUUGUUAAGAUAUGGGCAUCGCUGACAAAGCCAGCAUUUGCUGCCGUUUCCAGUUACAUUGGAACUGAAUGGUUUGCUGGGCCGUUUCAGAGGGAAAUAAAGAGUCAACCACAUUAUGGUGGAUCUGGAGUCACAUGUAGGUCAGACCAGCUAAGAUUGGCAAAUUCCCCUCUCCGAAGGUGAACUAAUGGGUUUCUAAAGCAAUGAAUGAUGGCAUGAUUGGUGCACUAUUAUAGUCUCAGUAAUGGGAAACAUUAAACGUGUUCAAGUUGGGGCAAUGUGCCUCAGGAAACCGAUAUUACCUUUGGAGGGCUGCAGUGAGUAUUUACCAGGAUGACAUGAGGGGGAAAAGGGUUAAGCAUUGAAAUCAGAAUGCACAGAUUAAGCUUGUAGUUCUUUGAUCAAAAUGUGAUGUUCAGAAGAGGAAUAAAAUUAAUAGGACAGAAAGAAAGGUAAUUUCCUCUGAGGGAGGGGUGGGGGUUGGAGGGAGUGGAGUCCAGGACGAAGGGGCUUACUCUUAAAAAUUAGAUUCAGACUAUUCAAACUAAUCUGGAGAAAUACUUCUUCAUACAAAAACACACUGGAAAUCUAGAACACUCCCUACUGAUGCUGAAGAGCAAAUUGAAAAAUUUCAUUUUGAAGAUGUAUUGUCUGAAAUAUUAAUUGAGGAUAUUAUUGACUGAACCUAUAUCGGAUAUUUUUUUGUAAAGAAUCCUUUGCAGAGCUAACAGCAGGCAAAAGUAUUGCAUUUAGAAAGGACACUACUUCUUGAUUGGAAUGUUUGAGUCUAAUAAUUUCAGAGAAAGUUCACAUGAUUGAGUUGAUGGAUGAAAUAAAUCUAUUGGAUAUGAACACAGACAAUCAGAGGGCUCUCUUCUCUGGAGCAACAGCCUUUGCUGUCUCUGUCUUCUUUGCAGUUUUGGAAACCUCUCGUUACAAAGGUUGUGAGCUGAAAAACUGUCUGGAAGGCCUCGCCGCUACAAGUAGAGAGUUCCUUCACAGAAAGAUCUUCAUUGCCAUAACACAAGUGUUCAUAAAGGAGAAUCUGGUGUGGGGCAGAAAGACUAAAUGAAUUAUCCGACCCGCAGGUACACUUCCAGCAUCAAAAAGGUUAUUGUUUUACACUGGAGAGAACCUCUGGCAGUCCAGGAUCUUCUCCACUGAACAUAGAGAAAGUUACCAUUAUUUAUAUUUUUACUUUUAGCCUGCCUUUAGCUGGUAAAAACCAAUCAUACUAUUAAUUGAUUAUAUACACAUUAAUCAGAUUAAUCAUGUGACUGCAUGAUCGAUCCACAACACCUUUGGGUCAUCUUAUGAUGUUCACCAGACCCUCCUAUCACUUAUCCUUGAGCCUUCACAAUACAUUUUACUCAACCACAUUCCAGGCGUUAGCUCCUGCAUCAGUGACUCAAUACUCCCCUGCUAAUUGCAAGGGUGUCUCCUGUCUGCCUUAGACUGAAUGUCCAUGGGCAUGCAGUUAAAUUCCUUAAUACCUGCACACUUAAAACUCCAUGUUUUAUAUAUAACUUGUGGCUACGAUUACUUGGGGGUCAAACCCUACCCUUCUAUCCAAUAAUCAGUACCAUACUUUUGUCCAGCCUGGUUUGGAGACUUCUCUCAGUAUUUCUCAAGGAUGUUCAUUUUCAAACUGUCUCUAUACAUGCAGCUAUUGUAUUUUUACUUCUUAUUCAACAGGACUCUUCUGUAUGCAUUUCACAAGACCCUUUGUGUACAAUUAAACUGUUACAUUGGAUGUGCUUCUUCUAUGAAGUCUACAAUUGCUCUCGCUUAUAGUUUAACUUCAAACAUCUGACUAUGGAAGCUCCUGUUUCAGCUAAAAAUCUUCAUCAGCCUAUUUAUGUCACUGAAGACCACUUUCAGCUAUUUCAUGCUGAGUCAGCCAUAGGCAGCCCUAACUCU